AUGACUUCUCUAAAACCAUUUGAGCACUUUGCUACUAAUGCAAUCCAUGCGGGGCAAGAUCCCGAGAAAUGGAACUCACGUGCCGUUAUUCCGCCGAUUUCAAUGGCGACUACAUUCAAGCAAGACAAUCCCAGCGAGACACAUGGAUAUGAUUAUUCAAGAAGUGGGAACCCAACAAGGGAAUGCUUUGAGCAGUGUGUAGCAGCAAUUGAUGGUGCUAAAUAUGGACUUGCAUUCUCAUCUGGACUUGGAGCAACAACCACCCUGAUGAUGAUGCUUAGUAGUGGAGAUCAUGUGAUUGUAAUGGAUGAUGUUUACGGAGGAACAAACAGAUUGCUUUCAAAGGUUGUUGCCAAUCACAAUAUUGAGUUCAGUUUUGUUGACUGCAGAGACCUUGGCUUACUUGAGAAGAGCAUAAAACCAGGAAAAACAAAGAUGCUAUGGAUUGAAACUCCAACAAACCCAACCAUGAAAAUAGUUGAUAUUGAAGGUGCAUGCAAGAUAGCUCGCAAGUUUGAGGGCAUAACUGUGGUAACAGAUAAUACUUUCAUGUCACCAUAUUUCCAAAGACCUUUGAUGUGGGGCUCGGACAUAACUUUCCAUUCAGUUACAAAGUAUAUCAAUGGUCACAGUGAUGCUUGCCUUGGAAUGAUAUGUACAAGCAAUGAUGAAUUGUUCCAAAAGCUCAAGUAUUUGCAAAAUGCUGCUGGAUGUGUUCCAAGUCCAUUUGAUUGUUAUCUUGCCAACAGAGGUGUAAAAACACUCCAUGUUCGUAUGAAACAACAUCAAGAAAAUGCACUUGCAGUAGCAAAGUAUCUAGAAGCAUCCCCAAGAGUGAAAAAGGUCAUAUACCCUGGUUUGCCAAGCCACCCUCAACAUGAGCUGGUGAAGAAACAGUGCACUGGUUUUAGUGGCAUGUUGUCUUUUGAUAUUCAUGGUGAUCUACAAACAUCACGGACAUUCCUUUCCUCGCUUAAGGUGUUUACCUUGGCAGAGAGUCUUGGUGGCUUUGAAAGUUUGGCUGAGCUCCCUGCUGUGAUGACCCAUGCUUCUGUUGAUGCUGACCACAGAGCUGUCCUUGGAAUAACUGACACUCUUAUUAGAUUUUCAGUUGGUCUUGAGGAUUCUGCUGAUCUUGUUGCAGACGUUGACCAAGCAUUGAAAAAAGCUAUUCCAGAUUCUGAACUAGCAAAACUGAAGUGAACAUAUAUUUAUUUAUACAAUUUUGUAGAUGUGUCUAAGGAAGUCCUUCAGCUGACUGAAAUUCAUUCAUUAGAAAUUGAUAACAAAUAAUGGGUUAUUGUUAGACUCAAGGUUAAACCCUUUUAUUUAAUGUGAUAUGAUGCAAAUUUGAGAAAA